AUGCCCUCUCCUCGGUUUGGACUCGUUUCGACUACCUUGGCCCUUGGUGCCUUGCUGUUUGGUGCCGCCCGAGCUGCGAUUCCGACGCCAUUGCCUACUGCUGUCGAUCCAACACCUUCGCCUCUGGUACCGCUCGGUGGACAAUGUGGAGGAAUCACUUAUAAAGGUCCGACUGGAUGUGCGCACGAGGCCAACAAAGACAACGAAGCCCACAUCGACCUGCCUAACCUCCACUCUCGCCUGUUCAGCAAGCUGCCGAAUUUCGUGUCCCAGGGGUCAGCACCUCACCGGGACAGCCUGCCCCUUCUGCAAGUGCGAAACGCCUACCCCUCUGUGCAGCGCUACGUCGAUCAGACCACCUCCCCACGUCAUUACAUCGACAAUUCUCCCGCCUCCGCCGGGUACGAUAACGCCAGCGCCGACCAGUAG